UAUAUUCGCGUCGGUCUCUCUCCACGUGUCAGUCAGUUCCCAACGAUCCGCCUACCCAGACAAGAUGAGCUACAGAGUCCAGCCGAGCGGCUUCGCCACCAAGUCCAUCCACUCGGGCCAGAGCCCCGAGCAGUGGAAGAGUGCCUCCGUGAUUCCGCCGAUAUCGCUGAGCACCACCUUCAAGCAAGAUGCUCCGGGCGAGCACAGGGGCUAUGAGUACUCCCGCAGUGGAAAUCCCACUAGGAACGUGCUGGAGACGUGCUUCGCCGCCUUGGAUAAUGCCAAAUACGGCCUGACGUUCUCUUCGGGAUUGGGAGCCACCACCGCUGUGCUGACUAUGCUGAGCAGCGGCGAUCACAUCAUCAUGGGCGACGAUGUUUACGGAGGCACCAACCGUUUGAUCCGUCAGGUUGCCACCCGUCUGGGAAUCUCAGCCACCUUUGUGGAUGCGACGAAUUUGGAUCUAAUUAAAAGUUCCAUCAAGCCGGAGACCAAGUUGGUGUGGAUCGAGUCGCCAACUAAUCCGUUGGUGAAGGUGGCCGACAUCGAGGCUAUUGCGCAGCUGGUGCAUGGAGUCCGCGAGGAUCUCGUUCUGGCCGUCGACAACACCUUCCUGACCUCCUACUUCCAGCGACCCCUGGAGCUGGGCGCCGAUCUGGUCUGCUACUCCCUGACCAAGUACAUGAACGGUCAUACGGAUGUGGUAAUGGGUGGCAUCACCAUGAACUCGGAGAAGCUCUACAAAAGCUUGAAGUUCCUGCAGAACGCGGUGGGCAUUGUGCCGUCUCCAUUCGACUGCUACCAGGUCAACAGGAGUCUUAAGACACUCUCUCUGCGCAUGGAUCAGCACCAGAAGAAUGCUCUGAAGAUUGCCAAAUACCUGGAGACGCAUCCCUUCGUGGAGAAGGUGUUGCAUCCUUCUUUGCCCUCCCAUCCGCAGCACAAGAUCGCUCUGAAGCAGACCUACGGAUACAGUGGUGUGUUCUCCUUCUACAUUAAGGGCGACCUGAAGCACUCCUCGGCUUUCCUCAAGGCCCUCAAGGUGUUCACCCUGGCGGAGAGUCUGGGUGGCUACGAGAGUCUGGCCGAGCUGCCGUCCAUAAUGACCCAUGCCUCUGUUCCGGCAGAGGAUAGGAAAACUUUGGGCAUCACUGACGGUCUAGUUCGCUUGUCCGUUGGACUGGAGGAUGCCGAGGAUUUGAUCAAGGAUCUGGAGCAGGCUCUUGAAAUUGCAUCGAAGGCCUAAGUUACUCACAUGACAUGUAUUUUUCGCAGGAAUUUUGUUUAACAAAAAACUUAUGAAUUUGUAUAUUAAUCACCCCAAUAAAAGUGUUUUUGUCUCAAAUGAA